AUGUUGUGGGUAGAUCCUGCUGGAACAGAGUGUAGAUGGCAUUUGCAAAUAAAGAGAGGAGUUUAUAAUGUUCCAGGACCGAACAGUCUGUGGUAGGUAAAUUUUCAGCACUGUUUCUUAUUUUAUUAUAUUUCACCCUUCCUAUAAAAAAGUCAGUUGUAAAUGGGAAAGUACUUGCCUUCGACAUUCAUCUUAUUUGCAUAGACCUCGCUCCUUUGUCCCUCGGUUGGUGAGAAAACCUGAGGCAAAAUGGCAAACACUUUCCCAUACGUACCCACCCAGCAACACGGCUGCCAUUACAAAUUUACAUAGAUGUAAGUAUGGUGUAAUUGUUUUUGUACAAACAGGCACAUAGAUGGAAAUCAUAAACUUAUACGCUGGCGUAUAGUAAUCCAUGGUGGCAUAGAUGGCUUUUCCCGUACUAUUGUGUAUCUUGGUUGCAACACAAACAAUGAGGCAAAUACAGUGCUGGAUUUGUUCACAAAUGCUCUACAUCAGUUUCAUGCUUCACAUCGCAUUAGAAGUGAUCAUGGAACUGAAAAUGUUGAGGUAGCUAAGUGGAUGCUAGAUCAUCAUGGCACAACAUCUAACCCUGUUUUAACAGGGCGAUCUGUUCAUAACCAAAGGAUUGAGCGUCUCUGGCGUGAUGCGGCUCAGUCAUUCAUUGGCUUAUACCAAAGAUUAUUUUAUUUUAUGGAGUCACAUCAGUUCCUAGAUCCUUUGGAUGAAGUACAUAUAUAUGCACUUCACUAUGUUUACCUGCCAAGGAUACGACGGUCUGUUGAAGAAUUUAUUUUGCAGUGGAACAACCAUCCACUAAGCUCAGAAAAGAAGAAAACACCUUGUCAAAUAUGGGCCGAGGGUUUUUACAGUCAUGCUAAUUCGAAUCAACAUGCUGAUCCUAUCAACUACGGUUUUGAUGAUAAUGGGCUACUUCCUGAACUUCAGACGAAUAAUCCUGUGGUAGUUCCUAGAUCAGCAAUACAGUUGACUGAAGAACAAAUGAUUGCAUUGCUACUUGCCAUUAAUCCUCUUGAAGAUGAUCACAAUUAUGGUAUAGACAUAUAUAAUCAUGCUGUACAAACAAUAACUGGUAUAAUUCGACCAACAGAUGAAUAA